AUGUCGUGGUUGUGUAGUAUCAAUUUAUUAUCAAUCAAUAUUGAACAGGGAAUGCGACAAACUUCAUUGUGUGCGGCUGCGGUGGUGGGCGUGUCUGGAAGUCUAUUUCCAUCCGGAAGGUCAUCUAGCAUGCUGCGAGUGCGAGCUCAAGACGUCGACCACCCUCCUGAUUGGUUUCGUUCCGAUUUCUCGGCUUCAGAUGCUGAAGAAGCUCUUACGGACAAAAGAGAGGGCUCAUUUGUAGCGAGAGACAGCUAUGGAAGUCCUGGAGACUUUGCGCUGUCUAUAAAAGUUCUAGACACAGUGCAACACGUUCUGGUGAAAAGAGAUCAAGAAGACGGAAGCUGCAACAUUUUUUCAAUGUUCGAAGUCGAAAGGUUUCCUUCACUGGAAGAAAUGGUGGCAUACUAUCAGCAAACGCCACUGCAUUUCAACCAGCUAGAUAAAGACGUUUUGCUUACUAAUGGUUUGGAAGAUGAAACUGAUUUUGGACACUUUGAGGAUGAGACAAGGUAUCUGCCUGACACAAAAGUUGAUUUUUCAUCACUUGACUUUAGAGGAGAAGUUGAUAUUUUGCAAGCAAUCAUGAAAUCAGAUUGCACUGUACUUGCAAUUGGACGUAGCAAGUUGUCAGUAAAUGGGCAGGAAGUUGAAUCAAAGGAAGAGAAUGUUGCAUGUGUAGUGAAAGAUAAAGCGAAGAAAGGCUUCUUUAUUCGUAUUAUUGAUUUGAAAAAUGAAUGUGUUGUAUCUGAUAAGAAGAUUGAUAGACGAUUUCAGUAUGACAAUCCUAAACCUUUGGUGCUGUCAUAUAUUUCUGAUAAUGGUCUUACUGCUAUUGGAUUUGAGAAUGAGAAGGAGGCAGUAGACUUUCAGAAUGAGGUCGAUGGGUGUAUACAGCAUGCAUUAGACAGAAUAACCAGGAAGCGAGCAGAAAGCAAAGCUAAACGAGCAGCGGGAAAAGAAGGAAAUGAAGUGACAGCAGUUGCUUCCAGUUGUCGUUGGUUGAAGGCAUCAGAUUUUGAUGUUGACAACAUACCAUCAGAGUGGCAGGAGCUGUUUGAUCUGGCUGGAGUGAAACGACAAGAUCUAGAAGAUCCCAACACAUUGCAGUUUAUUCUUGACUUUGUUGCAUCACAAGGAGGCCUCUCAGUAGGACCUAAAACAGCUGUAGCGAGCUCAGAUGAAAAGAAUGGAGAGCACAAGUCUAUGUUGACGAGUGGCUUGGUAGAUGUGGCAGAUAGUGGACUAGGUCCAGAUGCAGUUAUUGGGACAGUGAGGCAGAGAACAAGCUCUCGUUCACGAGCUAAGAACAGAAAAACUACUUUGGCUCAACAGUUAAACAAGCGACUAACUCAAAUCAGUAAGAUCUAUUUUACUUAACUGUAACGUCCAUCAUUAUGAUGAUAGAAACCUACUUAUCUCAUAUGCUAAAUGCACUUAACAGUGUUGAAUCAUUACAGGCAUGAUGUCUUGAUGCAGCGACUUGACUUGAUUUCAUGAAUACAUGCAUAUAGGAAGUACACUGCAUUUCAAAGAUGACUAUAUAUUCUUGAUCAUUACAACAUGUAGAUACAAUUUUGUCGUAAAUGUUGUGAGUUGUUCUGUGAAGUCUUGAUUUACAACUAGCUAUAUAUAAUUAUAUUGUAGAAAUUAAUGAUUCUAUAUUUGUAAUGGACUUAGAUCAACUUUACUAUUUUAUAGUAGCUUUUUGCCUUUUAAUGUAACCAUGUAACAAAUGAUUACGAAUUCAUAAUAGACUUUUGGAUCACAA